AAUAGCUUUCCGUAAACUUCAAACUUCAAUCAUAAGGGUACGCACUAAUUUCCUUUGAACUCAACCCACACUCUUUCACUCACUUUCUCGCCCUUUCUUUCCUUCAAUCUCUCCUCUCCUUUCUCAUUUUCACUUCAUCAAAUCAGGGAAACAAAGUUGCUAAUUUUCUCCCAAAAAAAGAUGAAAAUUUUUCAGACGAUUUCUGUCGUUUCGACAUUGCUGAUGAUGCUACUGAGUUCAGUACUUUCAGAAGAAAGUAGUACCGAUCCCAUAAAAUGCACCCCUUGCCAGCAGCAAGUCCCAUCUCCGCCGCCACCGUCUCCACCGCCUCCUGCAGCUUCACCACCUCCUCCCGCUAAUAACCCCAACUACUGCCCACCACCUCCAUCUCCACCCACCUCUAGUGGUGGUGGCAGCUACUACUACUCUCCACCACCACCAGCUCAAUCCGGGGGUAACAACAACAACUAUGCUCCCCCGCCGCCUGGUGGUGUCAUUGGCGGCAUGUACUACCCUCCACCGACGUACAAAAACUACCCAACACCGCCACCUCCGAACCCCAUUGUUCCUUACUUCCCAUUUUAUUACCACACUCCUCCACCCCCUUCAGGGUCUGAAAAGCUGUUAGCUUGUUGGGUUGUUUCGUUGUUCGGUUUUUUCCUUUAUGUUUUUUGACAUUAAAAGCUAAAAAAAAAAAAAGUGAAAAAAUAAUGUGGCAGAUUAGCAAAUCUGGGGAAAUUUUCUACAGCUGAGGAAAAAAGAUUAAGGGGAGCUACUUCAAUGCUUUCACGGUGAAAUGGAACUGAGAAUCUAAAGAUAUAUGGAGUAAUCUUUCUCUUUGUUCUCAGGUUCUUUCAUUUUUCUUGCUGUGGAAUGUUCGGUAGUUUGUUUCUAAUAAUUUUUGUAUCCAUUUUUUGUUGUAUUAAUAUUAAGGUUAACUAGAAACUAAUAAGAAAAUUAGUCAGUUUUGACAAUAA